AUGGCGCUGUUCCACCAAACCGUGGAUUUCCUCUCCGACUCCUGGGCCAACCAGCGAACACAGCUUCCCCUGUUGGCGAUAACGGGCGCGUCGUUCACACUCGGCAUCCUGCUUCAAUCGCUUUUCGGUGGAGACAGACACAAAGAGACGGUUCUUGUCUCGCCUCGCUCAACGGUCUUGCCUGGUCUGUCGGAGGCAGAGAACCGCAAACUACCACUCCCGAAUGACGUGCUCCCCGGCGCCCGGGAUGUCGCAACUCCGUACGGUUCGAUUCGAGUAUAUGAAUGGGGUCCUGAGGAUGGCCCGAAGGUUUUGCUCGUGCAUGGCAUCACUACGCCGUGUAUCGCGCUCGGUGGGGUAGCCCAUGCGCUCGUUGAUCGGGGUUGCCGUGUGAUGCUGUUUGACUUAUUUGGGAGAGGGUAUUCCGACUGUCCUUCGGAUCUCCCUCAGGAUGAUCGACUUUUCGCGACGCAGAUUAUGCUCGUCCUGGCCUCAUCACCCAUCUCCUGGACUGGUGCCGGGUCCGGGAAGUUCUGCCUGGUUGGAUACUCCUUGGGUGGCGGAAUUGCCGCAUCCUUCGCAUCAUUCUUCCCCCAGCUCCUGUCGUCGCUGGUUCUCCUUGCACCUUCUGGGCUUGUUCGCGAUUCGCAGAUCAGCUUGCAGAGUCGUCUUCUGUAUUCGCGUGGCCUCAUGCCUGAGAGUCUGCUGGGAUUCCUCGUUGGUCGUCGACUCAGGGCUGGUCCCCUUGUCGCACCGAAGUCUAAGAACAAGCAUGAUCAACUCAGUGCCGCAGAUGCACUCACCGAGGAACUUCCGUCGCAAAGCGCGGCCGAGGUCCAGGUGCUGUCUCGCGAAUAUCCUCAUAUUAAUGUUCCCUCUGCUGUUGCAUGGCAAGUCAACAGCCACCCUGGCUUUGUUCACGCUUUCAUGUCCAGUAUGCGUUACGGUCCGAUCCUCGCUCAGCGUCAAUGGGGUACCUGGGCACGCCUGGGGGAGCAUCUGAGCGCACAGAAUAGCAUGUCGUCAGGCAACCAGAGUGAGAAGGGAUUGCCGAGUGACAAAGUCCACAUCCUUUGUGGCAACAAUGAUGCGAUUAUCAUCAAAGACGAGUUUGUCUCAGAUGCCACGACUGUCCUUGGUGGAAAUGCAGUUUUCAAGUUCUAUGAAGCAGGUCAUGAAUUCCCCAGCACGAAGUACGAGGAGGUUGCGGCUUACAUCUGGAAAUUGCUUUGA